AUGGCUAUCUUGGUACCUCGCCUGUGGUCAUCACUCGCCAUCCCAUGCUUGUGGACUCUAGCUCUGGCUGCUGACGAGGCCCCUGCACCCCAGUCCAGAGAAUCUCAUCUUAUCAAUAAAAAGACGCUCAUUGACUUUGGUGAUGAGGUGUCCGCCUGGCUGCAUAAGGUCUAUCAAGCUGUGUGGGUGGAACAACCCGUAGUUGUCUUCAAUCUGCUGACGUUCCUCCUCGGCUUGUGCUCGGUAACGCUCCUGCUUGUGAUGAUGAUAAGACAGUUCGUCUUCAAAGCGAGGGAGGAAGCUGACCGUUCACAGCGCAAAAGGAAGCCGUCGAUAGUCGUGUCUGAUUCGGCUUUCGAGAAAAGCUCUUCGGCGAGGAGAAGGGGGAGUCGGGACAGUCGCCAUAUCGUUAAGAACAAGUCGGACAGUACUCAGAAAAUGGAGUCGCCCGCCGCUGCUAGCAUGAGGUCUUCAUCUCAUAGGGCCAAGCCGAAGUCGCAUUCUUCGAGGACCAGUACACCACAAAGGCCGAGAUCUCCUCAAUCGUCCAUUGUCGGAAGUGACAGUGCGGAGGAACACAUAAGAUCGAGGCCUAGUCCGGUACCCACGAAGAUAUCUGGGGAUGAUGGUAAAGUGUACGAAAUCGACAGCAUCGUAGACUCGAGAGGUGCUGAUGAUGAAGAGGAAUUUCUCGUCACAUGGGUUGGGUAUCCUCCGACGGCUAGUACUUGGGAGCCAGUGGAGAAUCUGCCGCGAAUGUCCAAGCCCUCCAGCCUUCGAGCGUUCAUACUUCUCGCCUUGACAAGAAUGGCUGAAGUAGCGUUAGCGGAUGGAAUGGAAGGACAGUAUUGGCAGGCUCGGAUCCAGGAGGCCUGGCAAGAGUCAGUCGAGUGGUGGUCGAAGGUCUACAAAGUGACUUGGAGUGACCAGCCUCAGAAUGUAUACAAUCUCCUGGCCAUCGGAGCGUCCUUCAUCGUAGUCGUGGUCAGCCUCAUUCUGGGAUCCAGACAUAUCACCAGAACUAUGGAAGAAGAAGCUCAUAUCGCGGCUGCUGCUUUAACUGCUGAUGAGGAUGUAUCGACAGAGGAAGGCCCUGGUGAUGCCUCUGGUGAUGAUAGGAGUAAAGCCACCAAGAAGAAGGGAGCGAAGACUAAUCUACCAAGGCCCGCUCUUCUUCUCGAGCUAGUCGUGCGGCCCCGUCGCCGGCUAGAUCGGAAUCGAAGUCUGGGAAGGGGACUCCAAAAAGCUCCACUAAACGUCGCUCGAGUCGAGCCAGGGCGUCAGAUGAUGUACUACAUAGCGGCUCAAAUCAUUCGUCAUACUGCGGUCACGGAGAAGGUCGCUAUGGCGUGCCCAAAAGAGCUGGAGGUUAAUCUUGAAGGAGAGCACAGUUUACAGGUUGAGGUGACCAAGAGAGGCGUGUGGGGAAACUACCUCGUAUUGGAAGUAUGUCUAGUUGGAGUACCUCAAGACGUGAUGAUCAAGAGCAAGGGCCUGCUCGUUGGGAGCACGAUAAACGUGCCCCGAGGCACGUCGUGUCCUAAUAGCUCGUAUAGGAAUGCAAUAGCUCUUCGCAAUGCAGAGAGGCUUCUGCAAGAGAAACUGCCUAGUGAGAUAUCCCACAAGCUCGCUGGCAAUGGCUUGGAGGCGGAUGUGGUGAUCAAGGAUGACCAGAGAGAGCAAGAACUUUACCAGACAGUCAUGAUAGACCAAAAUAGCCGGGAAGAAGACUCUGAUGAGUACUUGGACGACUGGACUCUCAUCGAGAGAGACUACGUCAUUGUCGACCCAGCGGAUGCUGUAGUGGAUUAA